UCGAUCUGCUGCGAGUAAGAAAUGGCGAUCGCGUCGAGAAGUCACUCAUAUUUUUUUUUAUUUUGACUACAGAAUUGAAGUCAUAAUGGGUUGAACAAAAUGAUAACAUGCCGGGUUAGGGUCUGGAGAAGCAAUGGAUAAAUCUGAUAAACUGUUCGCAAUCAACCAAACUCUGCCAGGUCUUGAAUGCUUUCUUCGCGAAGUCUUAAGCAAUGAAGGCCUCAGUUCUGAGGCAGAAAAAAAGAGGCAAGACUUUCUCAAGAGGCUUGAGAGUGUGUCUACGCCACCGUCACUGCCGCCUAGACCACCACAACUUCCACCAAGACUUCAUCUCAGAAAAGAUCUACCGUCCGGAAGUCGCGAGGAWGACUCGCUCUACAAGAAUAGCAUAUUCGACGACCCAGUUGCUUUUGCCUCGCACCAAAGAGAGCUUUCAAGGCAUUACACAUUUUCAAAAGGCUAUGUCGGUAGAAAAGAACUUUUUGGCGAGGAUAGUCCACUGUAUGUAGACCAUGUACCSCACUUCCCUUCUUCGGCAACCAAGAUUUUUACGUCAAAGUGGAGCCCCUUUAGUUCAACUUGCCAUUGAAGAGGGCCAUGAUUUGUCACCUUGGAUGAGUGCCAUCAUGGCAGCUGCUGUGCGCCGCAGUAAUUCCUACCGACCUAUUAGUCCCUUGGAAAAGGCCUUUACUUUAUCACAACCACAGACACUCAAAUCACCUUAUGGCUAUAUGAAGAUCAACAUUCCAUCAAAUGACAAUGAAGAUGGAGGGAGUACUUAUGAAGUACCAAUGGAGUCCUUCUCUGAAAUGUUCAAGAUCACUGGUUACCAGUCUACUCCUGUCCAUGAAAGCGAGGCAUACAAUCCACCUUUACCACCAUUACCCAUUGACUCUGACUCAUCAUCAGAAACUAGUUCUGAUUAUGCAGAUGGUGAAGAUGCAGUUACUUCAAGCAAACAGUUAGAACAAGGACUUUUUGAUAGAAAAAGGCAAUCUUUGUUGGAUGAUGGCACUGACAGCCCUAGUGAUCAGAGUAAUCACUGCCUUAGUUUCAGUGAGUCAUUUGUUAGUGAUGAGGCCAAGUGUGAAAAGGUUGUAAGAAAAAGGUCUUCUAAAGCCCUGAGUAAUGCUAGUUUGGAUUCAGGGGGUUCUGGUUCAGAAAUUACCGCCAAACAACAGUAUACUAGAAAAUCAAGUAUUUCCAAUGGUCCACGGACAAAGAGGAGAAGAAAGCAGACAUCUGCUGAAAGUGAAGCCAAGUUUUUACAGGACCCUCUAGCCAUUCAUAGUGGAGUACUGUUUCAAAAGCGGCCCCUUGGUGUCUGGUCGAAGCGAUACUGUAAACUAAUGCAUAAACAAAUACUGUGUUACAGGCAUGCUGAUGACAUAAAGCCGUCACUAACAAUUGAUCUCCUUGACCAUGACAUCAGUUUGAUCGAUAGCAAGGAAUCCAAGAAAGCAUAUGGAUUUAAAGUAUCUCACCCCAGCCUAGAAAGUUACAGUUUUGCCACAGACUCCAGGGUGGCUGUGGAAAGAUGGAUUGAGCUACUAUCCCUGGCAGCUACAGGCAGACAUGACAUUAUAGCUCCUUACCCACCGUACUUUAAGGCUGACUCAUCUGAUGAACAACAAUUAACAAAGUCGCACGAUUCCUUGAAUUUUGAUGAGGAUGCCCUUGAAAGUGGUGAUGCUACUGACUUCACUAGUCAUAGAAGUAGGAUAGAUGACGACACCAGUUGUUUUGCUGCAGAUGAACUGGACGAGGAGUUGUCUAGUGAUGCCAGGGACGAUAGUUCACAUCACAAGUUAACUCAACGUCGUGUUAAGUCACCACCACGUAGAUCAACUCGUCACGUUAAAGGUGGAGUACGAGAAAGAGCUCUAAGGAGAAAAGACGACAAGAAGACGAAUGAAACGUCGAGCAAAGAUUCUUCGUACGUUGAUCAAAGAAUACUCACUAGUGAUUCGGGAGGUGAAGGCAAACUUGAUAACAGGAUUCCAUCUAAUGACGUAAAAAAGGACAAACCUAAAGGUUGGGCGGAGUCUCUCAAACUAAAGCAGUCACGUUUCACUCGUGGACAGAGUUUGUCUGCCAUGAUUGCAGGCACUUCUUCUGAAGCAUCCAAAAACCGACUGAACGUCCUCAAGAAGACUAAUAUCCAGUCCUACUCGCACCUGCUGUCGUUACUAGACAGAGAAGGUCGAUUCAGUGGUUUUCUAACUGAGGUCAAGGUUUCAAAGUACAGUCGAACACAGCUACGUCGUUGGUGUAUUGUGAAAAAUGGAGUUCUAAAUCUCUAUAAUAAACAACAAACCGAUGAAAAGCCAGCUGUCAUGUUAAACUUGGCAGAAAUGUGGCUGUCGCAAAGUGACGAAGAAUGCAAAAAUAAAUACUCAUUUGAACUUAAUGACAAAGAUGGCAGGACUUUUACAUUUCAGGUUUCUGGGAAAGAAGACUUUGAUAAAUGGCUGGAAGUGUUGCGUGUUUUUACCGAAAUCAGAGUAGAGCGUCCAUCGCCGACUGUCCCUGCCGAACAAYCAGAGAAGAGCUCUAUUAGAGAAAAAGAUGAAGUUGUGUCUGUGAACACAUUUACAAAAAAAUCUUCCAUUCGUAUGAAACUACCACAAAARGUUAACGUUAUUGAUUUAUUUAAACGUUCGCAGUCUUAUGAGUUUGACGAUAACCCUAAUUCUGGAGAAGUACCAGUUGAAGAUGUGAAAUUUAUUAAUUUCACUGGCGGCCAACUAACUGAAGUAUACAUCACUGAUGAUCAUUACACUUGGAGUAGGGUGCGGUGGUGUACUAUAAAAAAUUCUGAACUGUUAAUAUUCACUGAUAGUGAAUGCGAUGAGGCUAUCAAACGCAUCCCUUUGUAUAAUAUUAGACUUGAAGAGUCAUGCGAACCAGACAAAGAUAUUUUUAAAUUCAAGAUUCAUAAAUGGAACGAUAGUAUUACCUUAAUGGCAAAUAGUAAGKUAGAUUACGAACGAUGGAUCAAGCAAGUCCAAAAUGCAGUUUUGUCUUAUGGGAAACAUGAUCACGAGAGUUCCAAGUGUCGAUUCCCGUCACCACCAAGAGUUUUUGGCCACAGAAGGACCGGUAGUGGAUCGCUGAACAAAUUUAGUGGCUUUGCUACUGCAUCUGAUAUUUCAUCCGCUGCCUCUUCGCCAGAAAAACGUCUUUCUGUGGUCUCAUUCGGAAGUGACUUGAUAUCAACGAGUUCCGAUGGGUCCAUAGACACUCUUAUGAACGGGCACCUGCAAGAAAUAGCCCCUCCAUCUGCAGAUGUCGCAAGGAAAUGGUGCGCUGUAACCAGUGAGUUCUUUUUCGUAUAUGACACGGACGACCAAGGGACUCCAAGCCGGAAGUUAGUCUUAAACGAUUGGAAAGUCAAAGAAAAAAAUGUACAUCAAUUUGGUUUUUCUUUGCAGCGAGAUGAUGAUAAACUUUUGUAUCAGCAUGAUAACAGGGAAGUGGCAGCGCAAUGGCUUAGCGUGCUACAAAGAUAUUGUCGACAUCAUGAGGAUCAAUUGUCACCACUGACACGCUGCUCAAAGCCCACCAAGUCACUCAGUGACGAUAACCUCAAAGGACAUUUGCCUGUUCAUCAAGAAAAGCGCUCCCUUAGAAAAACCCUAAGCGAAGGCAAAGCAAGCGGGCGCAAGUUACUGAGAAAAAUAUCAGAAGAUAAUCUUCUCCAUAAAUACAGGCGUGCCGAACUCUUUAGAGUACCUUGGAAAGGAAGUGCGGAGAAAAUGAAUUCCAAAGCGCAUGACCGUGGACCAGCCCGUGACAUAGAGCGGCGGUUCUCCUGCGGUAGUUUGUUCGAUAACGAUGGAAAGUUUUCAGGAUAUCUUGUCGAGCUGGUGACUCGUCCACUAUGUCGUAGCGAGGUACGACGGUGGUGUGUUUUGUGCGACCAAAGCUUGCUUGUGUAUGAUCAGCCAAGAAUGGAAACAUCUCGCAAACAAAUUCCUCUUAACAACAUCGAAGUAAUAAAUGAAAGUAGUUUUGGAGAAAACAAAUUUGUUUUAAAGCUGAAGUACGGUGAAGAUGGCGCCGUAGUGUUUAAGAUGGCAAACAGAAGUGAGUUUGAGAAAUGGGUAGCAGCUUUGUCAGUAAAGAUUAAUGUCCUGAAAUCUCGUCAAAAACGACUAGGAUUGGUCAUCGAUGAAGAACAGUUUCCUGAAACAGAGUCUUCACCGAGAUACACCCUGUGUCCUCCAACUGUACAGUCAGUAUCGUCAUCGAUCGCUAGUGAUAUUAGUAACAUUUCAGAUGCUAGUGUGAAACGGUCACUUUCCAACGUGUCCAGCGACAGCGUGUUCUCACGAGGACGUGAAUCGCGCAACGAUGGCCCGUUAAAUGGUGUUGCCCCUUCAACUGAUAUUUUAACCGGCUUUGAAAAUAUCACAGUGCAAGACAAAAAGCAAGAGAAAUGUUCAGAAGAUACUACAAAGAGAGAAAUCAUUAAUCUUGGGACUUUUCAAGUUCCUUCGUCAGUCUUUGAUAACGCAAGUGAUUAUUCACCAAAAGAUGUUGAGGUCGAACCCAUUUAUCAGAACGUGUCUCGUGAUAUCGGACCUAUCUAUGAAAAUGUGAGUGCUCUUGAAGGAUCGAAUACCUUAUCUUCGAUGACUGUUGAACAGAUAGACUUACACUCAUAUGAAGGGAGAGUACGGUACAGAAAAUUUCAAAAAGGUCUAUUAAACGACUGUGAAGACAGUUUGUUCAUAGAUAUGCUCCCUAAAAGAAGCUCUGAAUAUGAACUUGGCACAUUGUAUGAAAACCUUCAAUUUAUUGGAGAAUACCAACAAGAUCAAGUGCCACUGUGGUCUGUCCGGUCAUCUAAAGACUAUGAAGAUGUUUUUGCAAGUAACAACCAGAACACUUGGAAAUUGUUCAAUGAAAACCAGCUUAAAGAUCGGCGGAGCUUUGCUAGUGAUUAUUCCGGGAUUGUAGGUGAAGCUCUUCUAGAGGACGUGGCUAGCUGCAGCACAAGCAGAAGUGAUACUUUGUCUAGCCAGACCAGCAUCGCGGACCCACCAGAAACAGCUGCGUUUGAUAAGGAACUGUUAGGUGAUAUACUAGGACUUCCAGUAACCAGUGAAGAAGCUCAAGAAAUCUCAGAGUUUUGUUCAAAAUGCGAUGAACAGAUCGACAAUGAAAGGAACUAUCGCUCUAGCACGCUCACCAACCGUCAGUCAGAGGUAUUCUUUGAUGCUUUCAGUGAUAUUAACGAACUAAAGAACGAUUCUCCUGAAGUUCAGUUUACAUCUGAAGAUACUUACUUCGGUCCUUCGAGCUCAGAGGACGAGUCAUUCACCGAUUGCCAAGGUUUUACUACAGCAGAGUCAAGUCCUUACCAUAAAAGGUAUUCUACCGGUACAGCUGUCUCUUCCUUGCAAACCAAAUACUUGGAUGUUAUCAAAACAUGUCGAAAGGAGGAAACGUCUACGUCAAAAGAGAAAAGCUCAUUUUCAAAUCACCAAUUAACUGAAAAUCCCGACACCGAUCUGUUAAAAAACGCAGAUGAAUCGAUCGGACUGAACGAGUAUGAGACAACGGGACUGUUAAAGAACGUGGAUGAAUCAAUUGUUGCUAUUGGUGCUGUAAUCCCAUUGGAAGAAACCACUGCCUACUUUAGUGCACAGUCAAGUUUAGAUAAGACAGAUGAUGAUGUUGUAGUGUUACGUGACAAGGUGUCCAGCGUCCCUUCUUCAAAGAGACAAGAACUGACUAAGAGUCAAACAGAAUUUAUUAAAGCAGUGACGGAUGCCUUUGAAUGCAUCAAUAACUUGACUCUGGAUGACGAUGAUGGGGAAAAUACCAGGUUAUGAAAAGGGCUACACUGUCUGUUCCUUGACUUUGUCMAGCACUACAUGCAAUUUGCCCAAUUUCUUCGCAAAGCAUAGCUUCUUAACAUGGUUUUACAGGAGUUGUUCCAGUGGUAUUUUCCUGGCUUGUGCUUUGUACUUAUCCAACCAUAAUUCARUGACGUCUAUUUAUAAUAGCAAAUGAAUGGUGGGUUAGAUCAAGGUAUUGUUAAUAAUUGUUUCCUUUGAAGUCAUARUGAUACGUGAAAGCUUGAGGUAAUGUUUGCAACAGUACUGUUCCUCGGAAAUAUGAUCGUUACAGACCAAGUUGUUUUUAGCAGUAUUGUUUUAAUCCGGCUGUCGAUUUACAAAUUUUACAUCGCUGUGUGAACAAUCGACACUAAAAAGUUGUGAAGUGUAAAAACACAGCCGUCAAUCAUCUUACCUACAGGUGGUUUAAAAAUUGCGGCAACGCUUUUGAUCAACGACAGUCUGGACAGUCUAUUGGUAAUACUCCAUUUAACUAU